AUGGGCACCAGGGUUUUCGCGUUCACUUACGCAGGCAAGCCGCUGUUUACAAACUGCCCGGAAGGCGAGCAAUCACUUGCUUUCUACGGCGUUUUGUGCGCGGUCGCCUCCAAGGUGUCUACGCUGCUGUCCGAGUACACCAGCAAGGAUGAGUUGAGGUACAUCAGCGCCGGUGACGAGCACUUCGUCUACCUGGACCGCGGCCCCCUGUGCUACUUCGGCAUUGGGCCCAAGGGCGAGUCGCCCUUGAUGGUGUACAAGGUUCUGUCUUACCUGCAUCUCCAGAUCCUGUCGAUUCUGACCCGGGGCGUGGAGCGCGUUUUGCUGAAGCGGCCUUCGUACGACGUGCAAAACCUGUUAGGCGGGACUCAGUCGAUCCUGCAGAAUUUGGUGACCAGCAUGGACAGCCCCCUCAGCCUGCUUGACACGCGCGGAUAUGAGGCCCUCCCGCUGCCGGCGGAUACCCGCUCCAAGUUGAGCUCCUUCUUCACGGAUUUCAAGAGCCCGAACGUGCUGUGA